AUGUCUCUAAUUUCAAAUUAUUGCGAUAUCUCUAAGUUAUCUGUUAUACCGAAACUAUUUUCACAUUUAAUCUCGUCAAAAUUAUCAAACUAUUGCUCAUCAUUACUUUCAAUUCAUCAUUAUGGAUUUAUUCCCAAACGUUCUACAUGUAAUAAUUUAGUCGUGGUGAAAAAUAUGGUUCUUCAGUCUUUUGAAGUGAAUGCACAAACCGAUAUUAUCUAUACUGACUUUUCUAAGGCAUUUGACCAUGUUAAUCAUGUAAUCCUUAUUAAAAAACUUCGGUUAAUUGGUAUCUCUGGUCCCCUACUUAAUUGGUUUCAAUCAUUCUUAUCAGGACGUCUCCCAACCGUUAAAUAUCUAAAGUUUACCUCUACACAGUUCAGUGUUCCUUCUGGUGUUUCCCAAGAUGACUACCUCUCAAGUCUUCUUUUUAAUAUAUGUAUAAAUGAUCUUCUUAGUGUUAUCGCAAAUUCCAAUAUCCUUCUCUUUGCUGAUGACGAAAAAUUAGUAAUAAUUAUUAUGUCUGAGCAAGAUGCUAUUAAUUUACAACUGGAUAUUAAGAGCUUACGUUUGUGGUGUAACGCGAACCAGAUAUUUUAA